AUGAAAGGCUUCCUCGGCUUAUCGCUGCUGCCGCUGCUGGCAGCUGCGUCACCUAUGGGAGUAGGCUCCAUCCACAACGAAGCAGCUCCCAUUCUCUCAUCCAUGACCUCUGAGGAGAUUCCGGACUCUUAUAUCGUUGUGUUCAAGAAUCAUGUCGAUUCAUCGGUCGCAGCUGCUCACCACGAUUGGGUGCAGGAUAUCCACUCCUCCCAGCAGCGUAUGGAGCUGAAGAAGCGUUCGCUCUUCGGCUUCAACGAUGAUGCCUUCACAGGACUGAAGCAUACUUUCCACGUCGCUGGUUCGCUCAUGGGAUAUGCUGGUCACUUCCACGAGGAUGUCAUCGAGCAGGUCCGCCGGCACCCGGAUGUUGAAUAUAUUGAGAAGGACUCUGAGGUCCGCAUCAACUCGGAGCCUGCCCUCGAGAAGAACGCUCCUUGGGGUUUGGCCCGUAUCUCUCACCGUGACAGCCUGUCAUUUGGUACCUUCAACAAGUACCUGUACGCCGAGGAUGGCGGUGAGGGUGUUGAUGCCUACGUUAUUGACACCGGUACUUACGUUGACCACGUUGACUUUGAGGGUCGUGCCACAUGGGGAAAGACCAUUCCCCAGGGUGAUGAGGACGAGGAUGGCAACGGCCACGGCACCCACUGCUCUGGUACUAUUGCCGGUAAGAAGUACGGUGUUGCCAAGAAGGCCAAUGUCUACGGCGUGAAGGUUCUGCGCUCCAGCGGCUCUGGUACCAUGUCUGAUGUCGUAAAGGGUGUUGAGUGGGCUGCUGAGGCUCACAUCAAGAAGACCAAGGCUGCUAAGGACGGCAAGGCCAAGGGCUUCAAGGGCAGCGUUGCCAACAUGUCCCUGGGUGGUGGUAGCUCGCGCACUUUGGAUCUUGCUGUCAAUGCCGCUGUCGAGGCUGGCAUUCACUUUGCUGUCGCUGCUGGUAAUGACAAUGCUGAUGCUUGCAACUACUCUCCUGCCGCUGCCGAGAACGCCGUCACAGUCGGUGCCUCCACCUUGAGUGAUGAACGUGCCUACUUCUCCAACUACGGAAAGUGCACUGACAUCUUUGCCCCUGGUCUGAACAUUCUGUCUACUUGGAUUGGCAGCAAGUACGCUGUUAACACCAUCUCGGGAACCUCCAUGGCCUCCCCCCACAUUGCUGGUCUCCUGGCCUACUACGUCUCCCUGCAGCCCUCCUCUGACUCGGCUUACGCUGUUGCUGAGAUCACCCCUAAGAAGCUCAAGGAGGCUCUCAUUACUGUCGCCACUGUCGGCGCUCUCUCUGACAUUCCAUCUGAUACUCCUAACCUCCUCGCCUGGAACGGUGGUGGUUCGUCCAACUACUCUGAGAUUGUUUCCGAGGGUGGCUACGAGGUUGCCUCCGAGGCUGGUGUUGAGGAGCGUCUCAAGGAACUGCUUGGUCACGCCGAGAAGACCCUCCACCAGGAGAUGGGUGCUAUCUACAGCGAGAUCAAGGACGCUAUUUCUGCUUAA